AUGUCCUGGGUCACUGGGAUCAUGAUACGAGCAAUGACGUGCACUAGCUACUUCUAUCUGAUCACGAACUACUUAAAUCCGGUCAGAUUACUGGAUGGUGUCUGGUCCAUAAGGCUCAUCAUCAUCUCGACGGGAUGCAUGAUGAUUGUUUCCCAUCUGUUCUACGCACGCCGGGUAUAA